AUGAGUUUUGUAGUUCGUCUUGUUGUGUGUCUCUUACUAACGCUUACGAUUACAUCUUCAGCCCGUAAUUCUGUCUCCGUUUCAGGGAUUGGGAACAUUGAAAUCGAAAGGAGGUCGUUGAUGGUGAACGUUGAGGAUUACGGUGACCCUUCUGCAAAUCCAAAACACAACCCCGGCGUUCCUCCGGCAACCACCGCCCACCCCGGCAAAGGCUGA